GUUACCGGUGGGUUUUCCGGACACGUUAUUGUUGCAUCAGAUAGCGGGGCUGCAGUGCGAUGGCUGGAUCCGGAGAGCAAGCCUUUGAUUAUGGCUUCUUGCUGUGUAUAAGCGAGGACGCGCGCAGGGCCGAGGCUCUGAAUGAGUACCUGAGCUGCCGCAGUUACCUGGCCGGCUACGGGCCCACGCAGGCGGACGCGGAAGCCUUUAAGCUUCUCUGCGGGCCCCCGAACCAGCGUCACGCGCACGCCCUGCGCUGGUACAGACACAUAGCCGCCCUGCUGCCCCAAAUGAACGGCCAGGCCGCAGACUCCAGCUCAAAAGGAAAGCGGGUGCAGCCUCCGUGGUCUCCCCCGGAUGGAACCGAAAUUCCAAAACUCAAGCUUUAUAACAGCUUAACUCGGACCAAGGAGUUGUUUGUCCCUCAGCGUGGGAACAGGGUGCUGUGGUACUGCUGUGGCCCCACAGUGUAUGAUGCCUCCCACAUGGGUCAUGCCAGAUCCUACAUUUCCUUUGACAUUCUUCGGAGGAUACUGAUGAACUACUUCAAAUAUGAUGUCUUCUACUGCAUGAACAUCACCGACAUCGACGACAAAAUCAUUAAAAGAGCCAGACAGAACCACCUGCUGAUGCAGUACCGAGCAAAGAAGCCCAGUGCCUCUCAGAUACUGCAGGAUGUCUUAACAGCUAAACAGCCCUUCCAAGUCAAGCUUGCUGAGACCACAGACCCUGAUAAGAAACAGAUGCUGGAGAGACUGGAUACAGCAGUGACCACCGCACUCACUCCCCUGCAGGGGGCGAUACAGAGCAAGGCUCCCGAUGCUGCUAUUCAGAAACAGGCAGAGGUUUUGCUGGAAGAAGCUAAGGACCUUUUAUCAGACUGGUUGGAUUCCCAGUUCGGCAGCCAAGUGACAGAAAACUCCAUAUUCUCCCUGUUGCCAAAAUACUGGGAAGGGGAAUAUCACAAAGACAUGGACGCCCUCAAUGUUCUUCCUGCUGAUGUGCUCACGCGGGUCAGUGAGUAUGUUCCAGAAAUCGUGGAGUUUGUAAAGAAAAUCUUGGACAAUGGAUAUGGGUAUGAAUCGAAUGGUUCGGUGUAUUUUGACACAGCGAAGUUUGACGCAAGCUCAGGACAUUCAUAUGCCAAACUGGUGCCAGAAGCUGUGGGGGAUCAGAAGGCUCUGCAGGAGGGAGAAGGUGACCUGAGUAUCUCAGCAGAUCGUCUGAGUGAAAAGCAUUCACAGAAUGAUUUUGCCCUCUGGAAAGCAUCUAAACCAGGGGAGCCAUCAUGGGAGUCCCCAUGGGGGAAGGGGCGGCCCGGUUGGCAUAUUGAGUGUUCAGCCAUGGCUGGGUCCAUAUUGGGAGAGUCUAUGGAUAUUCACGGAGGAGGAUUUGACCUGCGCUUCCCUCAUCACGACAAUGAACUCGCACAAUCUGAGGCCUACUUUGAGAACAACCACUGGGUGCGCUAUUUCUUGCACACGGGUCACCUGACCAUCGCUGGCUGCAAAAUGUCCAAAUCUCUGAAGAACUUCAUUACCAUCAAAGAUGCCCUCGCGAAACACACAGCCAGGCAGCUACGUCUGGCCUUCCUGAUGCACUCGUGGAAGGACACUCUGGACUACUCUAACAACACCAUGGAGUCGGCCAUUCAGUACGAGAAGUUUAUGAGCGAGUUCUUCCUGAAUGUUAAAGAUAUCCUGAGGACUCCUACAGACAUUACUGGCCAGUUUGAAAAGUGGGAAGCAGAAGAGAUCGAACUCAAUAAGAGUUUCUAUGAGAAGAAAGAGGCAGUUCACGAGGCCCUGUGUGACAACAUCGACACUCGUUCAGCGCUGGAGGAGAUGAGGGCUCUGGUGAGCCAGAGCAACGCUUAUGUUGCUGCUAGGAAAAGUGCAAAACUGCUACCAAACCGCAUGCUGCUCCAGAGCAUCGCUCACUACCUGACCGACAUGUUCAAGACGUUUGGGGCCAUUGAGGGAACAGAACCCAUUGGAUUUCCGGUUGGAAACAAUGGCCAGAGUGCUGAUCUGGAAAGUACUGUCAUGCCCUAUUUGAACGUGCUGUCCGACUUCAGGGAAGGUGUCCGAAAAAUAGCAAGAGAACAAAAAGUUACAGAGGUGCUACAGCUGUGUGAUGUCGUCAGGGAUGAUAUUCUGCCUGAGCUGGGAGUUCGAUUGGAAGACCAUGAAGGACUCCGCACAGUGGUGAAGCUCGUGGAUAGAGAGACUCUACUGAAGGAGAGGGAAGAAAAGAAAAAGCUAGAAGAGGAAAAGAAAAAGAAGAAGGAAGAGGCGGCCAGAAAGAAACAGGAACAAGAGAUGGCCAAACUAGCGAAGAUGAAGAUUCCACCUAGAGAAAUGUUCCGAUCGGAGACGGACAAGUAUUCCAGUUUUGAUGACACGGGUUUCCCCACACAUGACGCAGAAGGGAAGGAAAUAAGCAAGGGACAGACCAAAAAGCUUCGCAAGCUUUACGAAGCUCAGGAAAAGCUGUACAACGAAUACCUCCAGACCAACCAGAACGGAAGCUGAGAAUGCUGGGAGCCGGGAGUCCGCCAGGACCUGCGAUCCGCCCAUAGUGUCUGCUCUUCUCUGCUCUUGUCUUGUGGUGGUUGUUAUUUGUAAAAAAAAAAAAACAACAACAACAGGACAUUUCAGAAUCUCCUGUGGGUCCUGGUGCUGAGCUACGACCGUGUUCAUAGUCGUAGCUACAUUUAUAGGAAAGUGAGGCUGCUGGUGUGGUGCAGCUUCAUGGGCUCUGCUGUGAAGAUGUCUAAGCAUUGCUAUGAAGCUGAUGAAGCUGAGGAAGGAUAUGGGAACAUAGUCAGUACUGUAAUGUCGACGGCGUUUUAUAUUUGAAGGGUAUUUAAUGAUGAGCGAAAUCUUGCAAAACAAAAUAAAAAGAUAAAUAAUAAAGCGA